AUGGACAGCAACAACCUCCUGGCGGCGUGGCCGGUCGUGGGCCCAGGCAUCGCCGGCGCCGUAUUCGGCGCCGGUUGGUGGUUCUGGGUCGACGCGGUCGUCUGCAGCGCCGCCGCCGUCCCAUUCCUCCACUACCUCCCAGGGUUCUUCGCCUCGUUCGCCGCGCUCAUGUUCAAUGCCGUCAACCGGGAAGACAUCGGCGAUGGCUACUACUCACCGUACGACGAUUCCGAGUGGAGCGGUGUGAUUCGGCAAAUAUCAUGCUUGAUUGCACUAGUUAUGAUGAUAUUACUUGCUGCGUAG